CAGGAAAGCUCAUUCGCUGAAUAUUUUUCUCAGAAAGAGUUUUCAUUCUUAAAAGAUUACAACAAAAGACUUAAAACAUCUCAGCAAACUCACCGAAAGAGGCUUGAGCUUAAAAUAAAAGGCUUUUCUUUACGUCGAGAAACAAAUACUGCCAAAUUUUCAAGAUUGUUGACAAGCAAGGAAAAGCAAGGUCACAAAGUAGCGCGGGACGACUGUGUCUUUUACCGUAUCUAACUCAAUUUUUUGUGUCUUUUUUAAAGCCUUGGAAGGUCUUCUACAGGGAUGGAUGAAUAUCGCAACCAAAAUGCUUGCCUUUUUGCCAAAGUGAUAGACUUUAGCAUGGAGGAAAACCAACUUGUUUACAUUUCCAAUGUAAUGACCUGCAUUUUCAACGCGCUGUUCGCCGUUCCAGCCAUCGUUGGAAAUAUUCUAGUAGUGUUAGCGAUCUGGAAAACGCAUUUGACUCGUUCUCCGUCAAACGUCUUGCUCUCCACGCUGGCGUUUGCCGACCUUCAAGUUGGCUUAAUCGUUCAGACAACAUUUGUCUGUCACAAGAUGGCUGAAAUCUUCAAAGCUGCAAAGCUGUCUUGUUACACUCGCUUUGCGUAUAUUGUGUUUGGUUACUGCAUUACAGCAGUUUCCCUUCUUACACUGACAGGUAUCGCCCUGGAACGAUUUUUGGCAUUGCACCUACAUCUGCGCUACAAAGAGGUAGUAACAAAAAGACGGAUCUUAACUGCGGCCUCUUCUUUCUGGGUAAUAGGAAUAGCUGUGACUUCGUUAUUUUUUAUACAGAGGACUGCGUUUGGCUCAAUUGUGAUAGCCGGUGAAGUCUUAUCCAUCGUGAUAACCUCUGUGGCAUACAUCAAGAUUUAUAAAAUAGUGCGUCGUCACGCCAGAGAAAUACAGUGUCAAAGGCGAAUUGAUCCCGGUGCUCAUGUGGAAUUAAACAUGAAAAAAUACCAGCGUUCGACGUGCACAAUGGUGAUUGUAUUUAUGCUAUCGUUUGUCUGCUAUGUUCCUUAUUCUCUCGUGAUGGUAGCUAAACUCAAAUACGGAUUUACAGGAUCGGUAAAAGUUGCAACUGACAUAUUUUCGACUGUGGUUUGUAUCAACAGCUCUUUGAAUCCGUUUAUUUAUUGCUGGAGAAUGAAAGAAAUUAGGCAGGCCGUCUGGGGAGUGAUCAAACGAAAUACGGGAGUUAAUCUCGGAGCCACUGAACAGAGUAUGAUGACAUUCAACCCGAUAACGCAACCGAAAGCGCUGGAUUAUGGCUCUGGCUGUAAACCGCUUCCCCAAGCAACACACGAGAGUGUCAAGUAACGUACAAAAAAAAUAAACAUCUCUAAAAUCAUAUCUUUUAAUUUCAAAACUUGGCGGAGUGCAGUUUUUGUACUGGGAAACUUGAAUUUAACGGUCAGAACUAGGAUCAGGGCAAUUAAGGAUAUAUAACUUCAUAAACAACAUUAUUAUCAGGGAAUGAAAGAGAAUCUUUAGCUCCAUAAGUAUUUACUGAACAUUUAAACUCAUUGACAGGUUCAUGAGAACUUUGCUGCACGUUUAGAAUAAAUCGGACUUGUACCCACCGGCGGGCAGAUAAAAUAACUUUUUUUUUAUCUGUAACAGCCAAAGUUAUAUAUGGUUCACUUUAUCUCAUACUGGGCUUUGUGUUUAGUUUAAUCUACUUUUAUUUAGUCACCCUGUUGUCAAACAUAUCAAGUUAAGGCUUGUUGUUGUUAAAAUGUGAAUUCUAAUUUAAAAA